AUCAAUCAGAAUGGCUGAUGCAGAAGCAGAUGUGGGACUUCCAACUAUCGAGAGAAAAACAGGCCUCCAGAUAUGGAUCAUAGAGAAAAUGAAGAUGGUCCCCAUUUCUGAAAAGGCCUACGGGAGUUUCUUUGAAGGGGACUGUUACAUCAUCUUGAAUAACCUGAAGACGCGAAAUGGAUUUUCCACUGACCUGCACUACUGGAUCGGUCGCGACUCCUCUCAGGACGAGCAAGGGGCAGCCGCGUUCUACGUGACUCAGCUGGACGACUCCCUUGGCGGGAACCCUGUGCAACACAGAGAAGUGCAAGGUUAUGAGUCAGCAGCCUUUAAAGGUUAUUUCAAGAAAGGCAUCAUCUACAAGAAAGGCGGAAUCGCCUCCGGGUUCAAGCAUGUGGAGACCAACAUGUACAAUAUCAAACGCCUCCUUCACGUCAAGGGGAAGAAGCACGUGUCGGCUACGGAGGUGGAUCUUUCCUGGGACAGUUUCAAUAAAGGGGACGUCUUCCUGCUGGACCUUGGCAAAGUCUUGAUCCAGUGGAACGGGCCCUCGUGCAACGUUGCGGAGAAAUCUAGGGGAAUGGUUUUGGCCAGGAGCAUCCGGGACGGCGAAAGAGGUGGACGUGCUCAGAUCGGUAUCAUCGAUAAUGAGAAAGAUUGCCCUGACCUCAUGCAGAUCAUGAAAGCGGUGCUGGGAGAGCGGAACAGAGACCUGAGAGAACCCAUGCCAGAUGAGAAAGCGGAUGAACUUCAGAAAGCCAACGUCCGUCUUUACCACGUCUAUGAAAACGGCAAGGAUUUGGUGGUUCAAGAAAUUGCUACACGGCCCCUGACGCAAGACCUCCUGCAGCAUGAGGACUGUCACAUUUUAGAUCAGGGAGGUUUUAAAAUUUACGUCUGGCGAGGGAAGGAUUCCAGCAAAGAUGAAAAGAAAGCUGCCUUCAGCCGAGCAGUGGGCUUCAUCCAAGCCAAAGGGUAUCCUCCCACCACAAACAUAGAAGUCAUGAAUGACGGAGCGGAGUCGGCCGUGUUUAAACAGCUCUUCCAGAAGUGGACGGAAAAAUACGAGUCUCAAGGGCUUGGGAAAGCCUACAGCAUUGGCAAGAUUGCCAAGGUGGAUCAGCUUAAAUUCGACAUCACUCAGUUGCACGCUAGGCCAGAGUUAGCCGCUGAGCAGCGAAUGCCGGAUGAUGCAACCGGAAAAGUUGAGGUGUGGAGGAUUGAAGAUCUGGAGAUGACCCCAGUAAAUCCCCGGAGCUACGGGCAAUUCUACGGUGGAGAUUGUUACCUCGUCUUGUACUCCUACACGAAAUCCGGCAGACCUCAUUACAUCAUCUACAUGUGGCUUGGCCGCCACGCUUCAGUGGAUGAAGUCACAGCGUGUGCUUUUAAUGCUGUGGAGCUGGACAAGAAAUACGGGGACGAGCCGGUGCAGGUUCGCGUGACGAUGGGCAAGGAGCCGCGGCAUUUCCUCGCCAUCUUCAAGGGAAGCUUGAUCAUUUAUGAGGGUGGUACGAGCCGUGCCCAGAAGAGCGAACCUGAGCCCGCUGUCCGGCUCUUCCAAGUGAGGGGCACAGAUGAAUUCAACACCAAAACCAUUGAGGUUCCAGCCCGAGCCUCCUCCCUCAACUCCAACGAUGUCUUCCUUCUCAAGACCAAUCAAGUGUGCUAUCUGUGGUGUGGAAAGGGAUGCAGCGGGGACGAACGAGAGAUGGCCAAGAAUGUGGCUGAUAUCAUUUCCAAACGGGACAAGCAGACCGUUUUGGAAGGUCAGGAGCCGGCAGACUUUUGGCUUGCCCUUGGAGGCAAGGCCCCGUACGCCAGCGACAAGAGGUUCCAAGAACAGGUUGCCCACUACCAGCCCCGCUUAUUUGAGUGCUCCAAUCAGACGGGGAGAUUCAUCAUGACAGAGAUAGUGGAUUUUUGCCAGGAUGACUUGGAUGAGGACGACGUCAUGUUACUGGACACCUGGGAAGAGGUUUUCCUCUGGGUUGGCAAGGCUGCCAACAACUAUGAAAAGAACGAGUCCAUUUCCUCGGCCAAAGAGUACCUGAAGACCCACCCGGCAGGAAGAGACUUAGCAACGCCAAUCAUCAUGGUGAAACAAGGCCACGAACCGCUGACCUUCACUGGGUGGUUCUCUGCUUGGGACCCGUACAAGUGGAGUGAUGGCAAGUCCUACGAAGAGAUGAAGACCAGUUUAGGAGACGUAUCGGCCAUAUCAGAGAUCACAGUGGAUCUUAAAAAUGCCAAUUUGAAUAACAGAAAUGCUGCCGGCAGCAAGGCUAAAUCUACCAAUCCAGCAGUUUCAGGGAAUGGAACAAGUCCGGUGGCACAACAAACCCAACCUAACAUCAUCAGCAAUGAUAACAGCUACAACAACAACACCCCUCCGCUAGAGGCCAGUGGAAAUGGUGCCUUCCCUAGAGACGAGCUGAUCAACAAGAUGGUGGAUGAGCUUCCAGAAGGCGUGGACCCCACCAAAAAAGAGUACUACUUGUCCGAUGCAGAUUUUUACGACAUCUUUGGGAAAACCAAGGAUGAGUUCUACCAGAUGCCCAAAUGGAAACAGCAAAACGAGAAGAAGCAGUACGGACUCUUUUGAGCAGAAGAAGGAGCCUUCCAGCUCGUCCUUCUGCUGCCGGCUUGGAACUCAUUUGGGGGCAAGAUGGAGAGCGUUGGAGGAAGGGAUGGUGGAGGAAAGACACUUGCACCCCAGUACUGAAAAGGACAUU